AUGCCACAGCCUAUUUCAGGUAGUAAUAUUGGAAUAGGGGCGAAGUCUCGGACCCUAUUCAGAAAGGUAGGUAAUGCGAAGACAAUCAAGUUUAUCAUAGUUUUGAUUGCUAUCGUAAAUAUCCUUUACAUCAGUACCUUAUUGGUCGAUGAAAGGACAUCGUCCACUUUGACGUCCAAGAUUAAAAACCAUGCAUCAUACGUUUUAGACAAUUUUUACGAAUCGGACGAGGAAGAGGCCGAAGAUGGGACUGUCUUCACAGAUAUACCCGAAGCAAACACCGUUUAUUCUAACAACCAAAACGGGCAAGGAAGCGAGAGCAUUCAUAAAUAUGACAAGACGUUGUACAAUAUACCAAAUAGACCGUACGAUCAGUUGUCAACCUCGGACAAGAUUUUAUUCAAGUUGAAUGAAAUCACACUGGACAGCGAGAAAUACUGGUUGGGACAUACUGAAUUAACUGAUUACGAAUUAGAAAUCCAGGUUGAUGAUUUUGUAAAGUCAGCCUGGAAAGAGAAACAAACGAUUUUUUACGAUCCAAGAUUUACAUUGGCUAUUUAUAUUAACGAAAUCAAAAACCAAUAUUUGAAGAAGAAUCCUGAUAACGAAAAGCAUAAGAGCCACGAAAUCGUGGUUCCAUUUGCUUGGUCUGACUGGGUCGAUUUGACGAUGUUGAAUGAAGAGUUAUCUAAACCAGAGUCACAGAGAAAGAAUUGUGAAUAUAUGAAGGCAACCCAUCAUAUACCAGCUAAAGAUGCAGACUAUUGUAUUAAUAAUGUAGCGAUUACAAAUGCUGAUUUGAAGGAAAUGAAUUUACCCUCAACUAAGUUUGUUCCUGGUUUUGCCGUUAAAAAAUCGCCAACGAAUAAGGCUUCAAAUGAGGUUAGAAUGUUAGAAGGUAAAUCACAUUUAUUGACUUAUGCGCCUAACCCAUUAGCUAUUAUCUUCUUGACUAAUGAUGGUGUUUAUGAAGCCCAAAUCGAAGGUAAGCAAAGAAUCGUUGAUAGUAACCUUUUUGAAGACUUUUUAACUAGUACCAAGAAUAAGGAUCCUAAGAUUAUUAUGAAUCCAGUUAAAGAAUUUAAUGAUUUAUUGGCAAGGGUAAAGCCAAAUCCUUUGGAUCCAGAGGAUGAUGAAUUUGGUAUGGUAGCUAAGAUAAAAGAUAAAAAUCCUGAAAAAACUAAAGAAGUUUACUUACCUCAAAAAGCAUUUAAUUAUCAACAAGACAAAAUCGAUGUACAACUUGAAGAAUAUGAAACGAAAAUGAAAACUUUACAUGAUUUGACAACUAAUGAGCUUAUAUUUGAUCAUCAUACAAUUAACAAAUUGAAAUUAACUAGAAAUGAAAAAAUAUAUUACGAAGGAUUGAAGUAUGCAAACAAGUUUGAAUUAGCUAAAGAACCUACUUACUUUAGAAUGGCUAGAUUAAAUUUUCAAACAGAAGAGAAUGAUCACGAUGCUGGAUGGCAUUAUGAGUGGAGAUUCUUUAAUGGAGCAUUGCGUUAUUUGAAAAAAGGCUGGAACGAAGAAGAGUUAUUAAUUAGAGAAAAGGUUUUACUUGAUCGUAUAUUAAGAAAUUGGUUCAAGUUUGCCAAUGAAAAGGGUAUUAUCUCCUGGAUUGCGCAUGGCCCAUUGUUAUCAUGGUAUUGGGAUGGCUUAUUAUUCCCAUUUGACGAAGAUAUUGAUAUUCAAAUGCCCGCGGAAGAAUUAACAAGGUUUUCGAAGUUAUACAACCAAACAUUAGUUGUCGAAGAUAUUAGUGAAGGAUUUGGUAAAUAUUUUAUUGACUGUUCGACAUUUAUUCACCACAGAGGUAAAUCAUACAAAGAGAAUCAUAUUGAUGCUAGAUUUAUUGAUAUUGAUACUGGUUCUUAUAUUGAUAUUACUGGUUUAGGUAUAAGUAAAGAAGAAGCUCCCGACAAAUACAAAGAUAUAGUAAACCAAGCUGCCAUUUUCAACCAGCCAAAACCCGUUUACAACUGCCGUAACUUGCAUUUCUAUUCUUAUGAUGAAAUUUCACCAUUAAGAUACACUAUGAUUGGCGGUGUUCCAUGUUACAUUCCAAACAAAGUCGAGGACAUUUUGAAGGAUGAAUACACCAAGGGUAUGUCUGUCUAUGAUUUCGAAGGCUUUUAUUUCAUUGAUCCUCUUAAUUUGUGGAUUCAUCAACAGAAGCUUAAGUUUUUGUUCGACCAGUCACAUGCACAUCUCUUCAAUGACAAAGAAGAAGUUACCAACCGUGAAGAAUUUACCAACUUGGUGAAAGGCAUGAAUGAGGAACAAAUAUUAUCUUUGUUGGAGCAUAACGAAGAUAUUUUAUUAGAGUACUACUUAACCAAGGAUGUUACUGAUUUGCAUAAACAAGAAUUAACCUAUAUGUUCAAUAUGCCAGAUGGCGAAAAUACCAAGAUUGGGAACAUUAACGGCCAAAAGCAGCAAUCUGAAAUAAGUGAGAACUUGGAAUACCAUAAACUCACAUCCAGAUUCAAAUUCCAAAAACCAUUUAGACGUCCUUUAUUUAAUUACGAAAAGAUUGAUAAACCAAAACAUGCAAAGCCGUCUACUGCGUAG